AUGCAUUCUGGUGGAGUUAGGGGGGCGUGACGGUUGGUCCAACAAGACAGUGAAGAUGUUUUAACUUCUCGGUGGAAAAUUAAAAGCUCAUUGCUCUGCAAUUGUUUGGGAGUAAACAUUUAUGAAUUCGACAAGCUUUUUCCACGUUCUGAGCUCCCCGAUGCCCGGUCCCACCAUGCCUGUGGCCAUGCAGCUGUACAUCGCCCACUCUCCCCCUCUGCGGAGCUUCCUGAGCUCCUACGAGGACUGUCGCGCCCGCAGCCUCUCCGGGGUCUCCCCCCACCGCUGCAAGCCCCUGCGACCCUGCCUCAGUGCCAGGCCCGGGCUGGCAGAAGCGCCCUGCCUGGGCUGGCAGAAGCCCAAGGCCAAGGACAAGAAGCGGGUGGUGUUCGCCGACUCCAAGGGCAUGUCGCUGACGGCCGUGCACCUCUUCUCCAAAUCGGAGGACAAGGAGGCGUCGGCGGCGCUGACCGCGCCGUCGGAGCUCUCGCAGCUGCAGUUCGACCUGACGGCGCUGGAGAGCGCCACGGCGGCGCUGCGGGUCAGCCCCUCCCCGGGCCUGGCGCUGGACUUCCCCCAGCCGUCCGCCGACUACCUGGACUUCCGCGGCCGGCUGCUGAGGAACGGCGUGUGCCUGGAGAACUGCACGCUGCAGGAGCGCCUGCUCACCGGCACCGUCAAGGUGCGCAACCUGGCCUUCCACAAGUCCGUCCAGGUGCGCAUCACCUUCGACUCGUGGCGGAGCUUCGCGGACACGCCGUGCACCUUCAUGAACAACGUCUACGGUUGCCAGGACACAGACAUCUUCUCCUUUGCCAUCGAGCUGCCGAGCGACGUGGCCCCCAGCGACCGGGUGGAGUUCUGCAUAUGCUACCGGCCGGCUGACCAGCUCUUCUGGGACAACAACGACGGCAACAACUACAGGCUGGUCCAGGCGCCGUGGAAACACGGCGGCGAGUGGUCCCCCCCGGCCAAUAAGAAGAAAGAACCGGUGAGCGUGGCGCCCAAGAAGCCCAUUCGGAGGCUUUGCUCUCAGUUCGACAAACUGGGAAGUCCGCGGGCCACCGGCGGAUUCUUUGCGGACUGGCAGAGUUGGGGCCACAUAGAGGACACUAUCCCCUACUGGUGAUGCCCACCUGGCGGUGAUGGCGUGGCUGUCAGAAGCACGUUAGCACACCUUCCCCAAAUGCAAUGAGGGGACUCACGUCCUCCUCUCUCUGCAUGCAUGUAUGGGUGUAAACAUAAAGACACGUCAACUCUUUGGGCUGUAGGAAAUGUAACAAAUGGUUGCAAAAACAGACUUGACCUUAGAUGAAAUCCACUAGUGCCUUAAUUAGCGUACUAUGUACUAUAGCCCAGGAAUCCUAGCUGUGGAAGUCUUCAUGUUGUCCUGACCCCAUCAACUGAACCUGUAUGGUCUUAAAGACCACACAACUGAGCCAUGACUCUAAGCCAUUUUAAAUGAAGAAAAUUAUAGACUGGAAUGCGUUUGCAUAUACACAUGCAGACGACGUCCUUCAUAUUGAAGGUGUUUGCUCUCAAUAGUGUCUGUUUGUCAGAGAGGACGUUUCAGGUAAAUGAGAAUAAUUAUUAUGGAAAUUUCUUCUCAAACACAUUUGAACUUGCAAUAUAUUCAAAUGUCACAUAGAGAGACUAAAGUUUAAAGAACCUUACUACACUCAUGAGCUGCCUUGACAAUGUCUGUCUUUUCUUGCCACAAUGUUUCUAUUAUUGUGAUAUUUGUAGUGACACGACAGAUACAAUGGAAUCAGUAGGCUUGCUAUAGCUGACAGUAACUUGAAUGUAAUUCGGUUGAAGUGAGAAGGAUUGUUUUCGUAUCUCUAGCGCCCUUUCGCUCUAGCAUUUUCUGCUUCUGCGUCACUGUGACAGUCAGAAGAAGGCUCAUUCUCUGACUUAUAGCCUUGUUGGUGAAAUCAACAAUUACUUUGAAUACUUUUAUUUCCAAUAUGUGCAAUGCAAAACGUCUGGUAGUGUGUGUGAUUGUGCUGUGAUUACUCUACGUGUGUAGGUAACAGAGAGAAUGGGUUAAAUAUGGAUGUUGGAAGUGGUCUUUGUAAAUAAACUUUUGUAUUCUACCUAG